CGUGCUGCGCGAAGGAAAGCGGAAGGCUGCAGCGUGUUGUGGCUGCUUAAAGGAGAGAUUUGCCUCUUUCUGGGGCAUGCCGUUGCAACGAGGCCUUCACUGAAAAUGAUAGGGGCACGCUGCGUGUGCCUGUCUCUUCGACGUUGUUCCUCCUCUCCGCGCCCUAAACAUGCUGCACCUGCCAAGCUGUUCCAAGUUCAGGAACUGUUGGAAGUCCAGAACCCAACCGAUAAUGACGUUAAAGUCCACGGUUGGGUGCGGUCCGUCCGGUCCCAGAAAGAAAUCUUAUUUCUGCACGUCAACGACGGCUCCUCUCUGGAAAGCCUCCAAGUAGUUACUGACUCUGGAUUGGAACCCAGGGAGCUAUCGUUUGGAAGUUCUGUAGAAGUACAAGGGAAGCUGGUCAGAAGCCCUCACAAAAAGCAAAACGUGGAACUGGCAGCGGAAAGCAUUCGUGUUGUGGGACCUUGCGAUGUGCUGACAUUCCCGCUGAAGUACAAAACACGUCAGCCGCUGGAUUACCUCCGGCAAUUCCCUCACGUCCGAUGCAGAAGCAAUUCUUUGAGCGCGCUCCUGAGGAUUCGUAGCGAAGCGACGGCUGCAAUCCACUCCUUUUUCAAGGAUAAUGGAUACCUGCAUGUUCAUACGCCAAUAAUUACCUCAAAUGACUGUGAAGGGGCGUCUCCUUCUUUGGAGGUUUUUAAAGUGAAACCUGCAAAUAAAGACGGGGAGCCUGAAGACAACCCCCAUUUCUUCAACGUUCCUGCCUUUCUAACAGUCUCUGGUCAACUCCAUUUGGAAGUUAUGACCGGGGCCUUUACCAAGGCGUUCACCUUUGGUCCUACAUUUCGUGCGGAAAAUUCUCAGACCCGCCGACACCUGGCGGAGUUUUACAUGGUGGAGGCGGAGCUAGCGUUUGUCGAUAGGCUUCAAGAAAUCAUGCAGGUGAUGGAGGAUCUUUUCAAAAGAGUGACGGACACGGUGCUUUCCAGAUGCCCUCAAGAUGUUGGUCUCUUCCACAAGCAUGUAGCCCCCGGACAAGAGGGCAAGUUAGAACAGAUGCUGAAGAACCCAUUUGUAAUAAUGUCAUACACUGAAGCCAUGGAGAUCUUAAAGCACGCUCGCCAUGUUUUCCAGUACAAACCAGAGUGGGGUCUGGAUCUCCAGCGCGAACAUGAGAAAUACUUGGUCAAUCACUGCGGCGAAAUCCCAGUGUUUGUAUUUAAUUAUCCCUAUGACCUCAAGCCCUUCUAUAUGCGGGACAACGAAGAUGGGCCCCAUCACACGGUGGCAGCCGUUGAUCUUCUCGUACCAGAAAUUGGGGAACUUUGCGGGGGCAGUCUGAGAGAGGACCGUCUGGAUUUGCUGCGAUGCCGCCUACAGAGGUUGGGACAAGAAGACGCCUACCAGUGGUACCUCGAGCUGCGUCAGUUUGGAUCAACCCCACACGGAGGCUUCGGAAUGGGGUUUGAGCGUUACCUCCAAUGCAUUCUGGGAGUCGAGAACAUCAAAGACGUUAUCCCUUUCCCACGGUUUCCUCGCUCGUGUGUUUUGUAGGGCUUCUCCUCUGUUUCUGAGAAUUUGACUCUUCUGCAAACCUGUGGCCUCCCCUGAUGAUGAAAUCGAGUGUUCUUGGAAAUAAGGGUGGGCCCCUCUUCUUCCUUGAACCAGAUAGAGGCCUUGAAAACAUGACAUUUGGAAGCUGAGUCGCGUUUAUAUUCCUGUGUGGUACUCUGAAAUCCACUGAGCGCUCUGCACAGCGUUAAUGGGGGUGUUCUGAAAACCCUAUUGCUGUGAUCCAGUUACAACUAGAAGGAAUAAAGCACCAUUUUGGUAGAAGUUUGUGAAUUUGCAAGAAUGGUUUGGGCUGAACUCAGAUAUAGGAAUUGGGAAGGGCAAGAAGCUGAAUGAGUUGGAGGCUCCGGGGCCUGCAGAUUUGAAGACUUACGAAAACAACAGUGCUGUUGCUAUUCUCGCAAUGGGCAGCCCACCUCCAAGUAACACAAGCCUGCACUGAGACCGGAAAUGACACUUGAGUGAGCUUAAUAUUGGAGUGAACAUUGAUGCAUUAGUCGCUGAGUGCUUAUUUUCUGCAUUAAAAUUAAAGGGACAACUCACUCUUACACCCA